AUUAACGGAAAAACAGUGUGUGUGCAUGUAGUAAGUUCUUCGAAGAUAUAGAUAAACUAAAAUUGCAUAGUGACCCCGUAUUUUUUGUCUUCUGUAGUUGUUUCCUGUAUCUUCACAAUCGGUCGUAUUCACAUUUUUCGUCAUUUCGUCUGUGAAGUGAAGCUAUAGCCUUGUAAAGAGUAAAGCGAGUGUCGACAAAACCACUAAUCCGAUUGUUUCUUUAUGUUCAAUGUGUAAUGAUUUCAAUUUCAAAUAGCAUCGAAGAAAAGUACGGACCAAAACCAACUUAAAAAUAAAAAUUAUUACUGAGGUAAAAUAAUACAGAGGCAGUCGCAGUAGAAGAGGUAGUUACUGCAACUUGCUUUAUUUUGAUCAAGGAAGUCGCACUCCUUGAAGAUACUGAUACUUUUCCGAACCGUUCUAAGCAGCUCGUUUGAUAUCAGACACAUUAUCGACCGCGUGUAUGUUGCAUGUUGCUUGUGAAAAACCGUGGAGCCUGAAGAACAUCAACGAAAGUGUGGUUGUAGAAACUACCUGCAGUACUAUUGAAGCGAGAGCAGUCCCCGGAACAAUCGUGCGUGGCCAGGCGGUGAAUGAGCAGCAAAAGCAGGUUUUCGUUCUCGACGGCGAGCAGUAGCAGCAGCACUAGCUUGUUUUUGUACGUUUUUUCGUCGCUCAAGGAGCUCGUUCGUGAAUCUUCCUCGGGCUCGACCACCACCGCGACCACAGCAGUUUCAACCUCGAGUUCAACUUCUUCAGGCGCCGCCCUCGCACCAGCUGCGAAUAAGAAGUGCAGCGGUGGUCUCAAACGGGGGCCUUUGAAUCUUUUCCCGGCGUCGAGUUCUUCACCAGAACUCGUUGCAGGGCCUCCAGAUUGCGCUGUUUUUACGAAGGAAAAUAAAGACAACGCUGCUAGUCCGGACGUCGACCUGGAAAUAAAGUUCAGUUCACCGAUCGAAUUGACCAUCGACGACCUGGGGUUUGCGGAAGACUUCAACAUGAGCAGCCAAAAGCUGAAAAAAGAGAAAUCAGACGGGUCCCUGGCGUCCACCAGUUCCACGGCCAAUAGCGGGAACAAAAAAUGUCGCUGGCUCAGAGACGUAUCGAAGGAAUACCGAAUACUGGAUGAGGUACUAGAAGUACAACUACCUUACAUAUCUGGUGCAAAUUCGUUGUCUUGUUUGUCGUACAUCUUCAGCAUUUUUAGCUUUUCUUUGAUGCGGUUCUUUCCAGCUGAAUUUAAUUUAUGAUCACCUUCAUCAGUUUUGUUUAUUGGGCCGUUUCGGUUCCCCAACAGCAUCAACUACUGUCACUCUCAGGUAAUGCCGUCAACGCAUCGUGGACAGGCAGUUCACUUCGGGACCCGGCUCAAGGACGGCGUUAAAAUCGUCGUGAAAAUAAGGGAGAAAUUGGUCAGCUUCAAGGAUAGCAAUGACAUAACGACGUGGAAGCAGUCCAUGGAGAACCUGUUGAAUUGGCAAGACCACUUUGGAGAACACAUAGCAGGUAUUGAAAAGUCUCUUCUAUUUGAGUAUUGAAUCUCUAAGCGCUCCGCGGCUUCACAUUCAUCUGAUAGAUGAAGCGGCUACAACAUCAUGCCCUUGUGCUUUUGUUUGCAUGUUCGGUCUCAAUAAAGAGUCUUUCUGAAGCGAAGUCGUUGUCCUCGCUCUUGCACAUGCAUCCUUUUCGCCACAAGCAAGGAAGAUGAUAAAUGCAAAAUCAAAAUUUAAUAUCCAUAGGCCUCUACGACCUGUUCGAGGAUGCGACGGCUUACUACGUGGUAAUGGAGCUUGUCAACGGAUUGGAUCUUUUCGAGUUCAUCCACCACGUCAAAAUGCAAGAUGAAGGGAUCAAGUUGCUGUUUGUCAAAAAGGUACUCACUUUUUGACAUUUUUGACAUGAAACAACUGCUGUCUCUACGACUAUACAACUCUGGCCACGGUAAUAUUAGCUCUACCUUCUGCUUUUACCCCAGCAUCGGCAGCUGCAAAAUAAGUACACGUCAACAUACACAUGAUCACAAUGUCAGGUGGCGUACGAGUGUAUGCGGGCGUUAUCGGACUACGAAUCCUUGUCUUUGGUACACAAAGAUAUCAAGUUGGAAAACGUAGUGCUGAUGGACACUCAGAAGCGCGGCGUGCUGAAAGUCAUCGACUUCGACACAGUAGAGGAGUAUGGGGAGGACACACGAGUGUACGACGUCAUGGGAACCGAUCAAUACAUCGCACCCGAAAGUUACUACGGCUACUACACAACGGCCAGCGACAUUUUUGCACUGGGUACAAAUACAAUCUGUUUGGGAUACGAACUAUUACUCAUGGUCGUGUUUAGUUAUAUAGACUAUAGACUAAUACGAACUUGGCUCAAAGGCUGUAGAGGAAAGCUCUGAGACCCUUAAACAGCAUUAGAAAUUGCGGCUCAACCUGGAGCAAACCUGGGGCAAACCCCUAGGGCUUUUCAAAGUGGUCUCCUUUCCUAUUUGCGAAUACGCACGGCAGUCGGCCCAAAUGAUGGAGGUCGAGCCGUAGGGAACGAUCAAAAACCACAAAAAGCGCGACACUUUGGAAGUGCUGAACCUGCAUGCUAUUACGACAAAAGCUGGGACCUUUCUGGGGCUCGGGCUCUAGGGCUUUUCAGAUAUUCGCGCCCUUUUUUUUCUAACAUGCGUGCUACUGUGUAAAUAUUUGCGACAAAUUCUACGGCUUGAGCUGUAGGGGUUCGGCACGAUGAACGACAAAGAAACCCCUAGGCGCUACAAAAAUACCCCGAGCCCUAGACGCAGUGACGCCCCUGCCCCCUCGCUCAGAAGAGAACCGCUUGCCCCCUUCAAUAUGAAAGUGCUCCUCGCCCUCCGUGCGGUGCGCCCUGCUCCUGGUGGAACCUCUUGCCCCUGCGUGCUGGCGCCUGCCCCUUAGCCCUGGCAGUGUUUCUCACUUACCCUCUGCGUUAGGUCUUGCCUCUCGCGGUGCAUCUUGUCCCUCGCAGUACAUCUUGCCCCCCGCAGUACAUCUUGCCCCUCGCAGUACAUCUUGCCCCUCGCAAUACAUCUUGCCCCUUGCAGUACAUCUCGCCCCUCGCAGUACAUCUUGCCCCUCGCAGUACAUCUCGCCCCUCGCAGUACAUCUUGCCCCUCGCAGUACAUCUCGCCCCUCGCAGUACAUCUUGCCCCUGCGCAUACGCCUCGCCCCUGGUAGGACUUCUUGCUCCUUGUAGUGCUAGCACCCCUUUUCCAUCGCAGUACAUUAUAUCUCGCCUCGGCAGGCACAUGCAAGUCUUGCGCCUGAUAGAACUUCUUGCCCCUGGUCGGACCUCUUGCUCCUGGUCCUGGUAGCACAUAUGGGGCCCGCCUUCCAAUGCCAACCCCUAGCGCCCUGCCGGCAAAGACCUAGCCACCCCGCCCUGCCUUCGGAGAGCUAGCGAACAACCCCCGCCGCCCCCAGGCUGGUUCCCUGUCGUGGGUGUGACUGCGGCCCCGGCAGGCCCCGGGCCGCCCCUUGUUGCUCUCGCGGCGCAUCCGUUCCCGCCGGCCUGCGCCCCUUACGCCCCGCUACCCUAGCGCCUGCGCGGGAACGUCCACGGGCCCUUUUUUUUUCCCCCGCGCCAGCCAUUUUCUUCUUUGCGCCAAAGCGGUGGAGGAAGCGCCCACACGCAAUAAACAGGCACGCAGGCGCAAGUAGCUGCCAAAAUAAAUCGCGGCCGUAGGUACGUAUCGGGGGCAUGCUGUCGCUACCUUGCGGCGACUAGGUCGAGGCCCGCUGCUGUCCGCCGCCCGCCAAGGUGACAGCGGCGGCGCACUCCUGCAGCCAGUCUUUUGGAAGAAGACGGCCGUCGCCCUCCCCCGCGUGGGUGGAAGAAGGGCGGGUCAGGCCACCGACCGGGGGGGCCACGGGGCCGGGCGAGGGGGCAAGCGCCGUGCUCUGGGGGGGGGCUAGCGCUAGCGCGCCAGUCAGUGGCUGUGCCCCAAGCGCCCGAGCCAAGCUAGCAGCGAGGGCGAGGCGGCCCCGGGUCAGGGUCUCGGCUAGGAUGAAAAAAAUGGUGGGGCGCAGCACUUUCGUAAAUAAGCAAGCCGGGAGGUAGCGCCCUGGCAGGCCGACUUUUCCCCCGCCCCGGCCAACCAUUGCGCCGCCCCCGCUCCCUGGUUUUGCUUGGUGGCGCGCCUCCUCGGCGCUAGUCAGCAACCGCGCGGGCGGGCAAGAUUCGGGGCACGGUUGUUAGCUUCGAAAGCGCGCGGCCGCCGCCCCUGCGCUCCGUCCAACAGUGUCACUUCGGCGCCAUCCCGCCGAACAUGUGCAAGGAAAACGGGUGGGCCUUGCUCCCUCGCACGCUCGCCCCUAGCAGCGCCACUACGGCUACGCGACUUGGUAGGGCCUUUGCUCUUGUACCCCUCGCCCCCCGCGAUGCCGUUUCGACUAUGUCGACUGCUACCCCAACAACCUGAACGCCGACCGCUACGGCUACUCCUAUUUCCACGCCUACUUCUACACCUACUCCCACGCCCACCGCUACGCCUUCCUCUGCGCCUACUUCUACGCCUACUUCUACGCCUACUGCUGCGCCUACUUCUGCGUCUACUUCCACGCCUACUUCUAUGCCUAUUUAUAUGCCUACUUCUACGCCUAUGAAUGCGCCUACUUCUUCCCCUACUCCUACGCCUACUUCUCCGCCUGCUGCCACGUUUCUUGAGUUUUGCGCUUCCUUGUGCGCUUGCUUCUACCUCCGUGGCCACGGCGAUGCCUCUGGCAGGGUGCGUUCGCAAAUGACCCGGCUCCCGGCACUCGGCGCAGCCGACUUGCCCCCCCGUCUUCGUUAGGCCACUGAGGCUUUUUGAUGCCGCGUUGGGUCAGUAGCCCCGGCGGAAGCUAGGGCCCAUGGAAUGUAGUCACUUUGCGUUUUCUUUGGGCCGGUUGUUUGCUUCAUCCUUCCAAGCAACCGCCCGCAUGUGGACCAGGGACGGAGCGCGUGAAAGUCUCCCGGGCUCCAUCCUCGAGGACUUCUAUGCACUACAUAUCUACGGACGCUGCAAAAUCUACAAGCCUUUGAGUCAGCUCGUCUAUGUUUCUAUGGUCCCUCAAUUAUGAAGAAGUUGCCGCGCCGUUGUGCCAACACGGCGGCGCGAGUGCAACAUAAUAUUACUGUUUUCCGCGCAUUGCUGCUCCAGUCGCAGGGUCAGUAUGGUGUUGUACUUGCCACAUUCUGGUUGUUGUAAAAUCCUCGUGCUGCAUUUGAAUUAUGGAGCCCGAAAUUAUUUUUUUGUUGAAACUCGUCACGUCAAAUAGAAAUAAAACACCAGGUGUGAUGCUGUACAAGCUGUGUACCGGGUCUUUUCCUUUCGUCGACGAGAUAUUCGACGACGAGGCCGGGCAGAACUACGUGGGACACCCCAAGAUGCGUCAGAUUCGAGGAAAACUCCGGUUGGCCAAGAUCGAUUUCACGACGCACUCCUUCUUCCACUACGACAAACAGGUGAAGGACUUUAUCAAGCGCUGUCUGGUGUUUGACGUCCAUCGCCGCCUCACGGUGAAACAAGCGUUGGAGCACCCGUUAGUCCGUAACUACGAGGAGGAGGCGUACCAAUUAAAGUGGACCGACUUCCGCCCCAGAAAAUCGUAGAGAGCAAAGUCGUUGUCCACCCGACAAUUUUCAAAUGCAAUCCGAAUCACGACAAUCAACCCGGGUUUCCGUAUGCAUCACUCCCUUUUGCAUCAGUCUUAUCCUUAUUCGCAGUUAAGUAAAUAGUUCCAGUUUGCACAUUGAUUCCAGCUUGAGGCGUACGCGCAGCCGUACGCUCUGCUUAUACAAUACGUUGAUUCAGUCUAAAUAUGUAUAAUCACAAUUUCAAGAGAGUGCCAGUAGUAUUCGAUGUUGACUAAAUAAAGUGGUCUCGUAGUUUAGUGUUUUGGUUAUUUUUGUCAUUUCCAGUGAUCUGCUGCAGUCCCAAGGUUGCAGUCAAAAGCAGAGGAGGAGUUCCUCUUCUGAGGCGGCAGAUAACGAGCCGGUAUUUGCCACGGCCGCAGUACAAUCAAAUCUUUUUUCACUGAGUCAUUUGUUAUGUCAGUCGUUUUCGUUUCACAUCUAUUCAAAUGUAUAAUUUUAGUCCGACUUAGAUGCAUCCUUUUUCACCCACUAUCAUGUGUGGUGACAUGAAGUAGGAGUUCGGUGACUGAUCAAGCCACUCCUGUAUAGAAAAUUUGUAUACUCAGCGUGCUUAUCAGGGAGAAGUAGUCAGAACUUUUAUUUUAGUCUCCGAUUUUUCUGAAAUCGAGAUCCUUUGUUCCUUGUUUUCGUGUGCUCCACGAACAAAGGGGGCAAUUCCAACUCCAAGACCUCAACAUUUUAUCGUUUCUUUUUGUAUAAUUGUGUUUUGCAACAUUUGUUUCGAUUUCGUUUCUUCCAGCAUAAUCUUUUAUGGGGGCGUCACACUGUACAGAUGCGUUGGAUUUUACUUCACAUGUAGGAUUAUCAUUAUUUUCGUCAUGAAGAAAUUAUUCUGAGGAGUAGUUCGCUCGACCAAGCAACAAAAUCCUAAACCUGUUGUAAAGGCAAUGGUGAGACCGGGGUGGUAUGGAGCAUGCAAGAUGAUGUAGAAGAGCGUAGUGUCGUAUCCCCCGCCUGCCCCAGAUGUGGAACGAUAAAAGCCAUUGAAAGUCAAGAGUGAAUUUUGAAGAAUAACAUGGAACAAUUUGUGCAAGUAGUGGCCGCGAACGCUCGAGCUCGGCAACGCCCCAUGGCGUUGGUUGAUUAAAACUCGAGCGAGCGCCAAUGUGUUGUGAUAUAGUUUCGUAAGUCAGUGCAACUUUUCUGCAGAAAUUUACAUCUAAUCGUCGUGUGGUGGAAUGAGAAUCAGAAGAAUCAAUUUGAUUAUCAUUUCUUUGCCCGCCACGCCCACGGCGG